CAUAAUGGAUGCUAGUUGUAGUAGUAUAAUCCUGCCUAUUGUUGAGCAACUUGUGGAUGGAGGUUGGGUGUUCAUGCUAGAGUGUAUAUCCAGUUAUCCACAGACCACAGAACUGUCUGAUCAACAAUCUGGAGUCUGGACAGGUAAGUAAGCCCGUCCGUCAACCUUUCCACCAUGGGCGGCAGCGGCGGCGGCUCCGGUGAGGUGGGUGCGUCGGAGGCGGUUAGCCUCGUGUUCCGCAUCGCGACGGUGGGGCUGUCCCUGGCGUCGGCAAUCAUGACGGCCGCCUCAACGCAGUGCGUGUACCGGGACGACGGCGUUCCCGCCGGCACGGUCUCCUACGGCGACUACGCCUCCUUCAAGUACUCGGCGCUCGCCGACCUGCUGUCCGCGGUGCUGCAGGGCGUGGCGAUCUACCUGGAGGCCACGAGGAAGGACAGAGCGGCCAGGGCCGUCGAGCUCAUCGACAAGCUCGUGCAGGCCCUCACGUCCUCGUCGGCGGCGCUGCUGCUCGCCGUCGACGACAUCACCUCCUGCGGAGGCGGCGGCGGGCCUGGGGGUCAGCGCCAGCGCGGCGGCGGCCUCUGCAGCCAGGCCGGCGCGUUCUGCGGGCGGGUCCGCGUGUCGUCCGUGCUCUCCGUCGCCGCGACCGUGUCCAUCUCCGGGUCCGUGUACAUAAGGCACGCCCGGGCGGCCGUCGUGAUGCCGCCGAGGCCGCCGCCGCCGACGACGACGAUCUUGAAUGUGGUUAAGCGCAAAGACGGGGGUAGAAAGGAGAAGGAAGAAACAGUAGAGAAACGUAAGGUUGUGUUGAUCAAGACGGAGAAGACAGAAGAUCAGGUGAAGACGAAGAGGGACGACAACGAGGAAGAGAAGGAAGAGGACGAAGUAAAUAAGGACGAGGAGUGCUGCCGCAGCUACACAGAGGUCAGUACGCCGCCAGCGAUGCCGCCGCCGUGGUGCCGGUGCCCGAGGCUGACGAUCCCGUGCGACUGCGAGGACCCGGAACUGUGCGGCGCCUUCUUCUAGCUAGGAAGGCCCUGUUGUUCUUAAUUUGUGCAAUUGUGCUCCAUUGAGCUGUGUUUGGUGGCAACCUCUCCUCUUUUCAGCCAUAGAGGGAACUUAGUGGAGAAAAACCUCCUCCAGCAUAUCCCCUUUCCAUUCCCUUUUCCCCUUUCUUUUUUCUCAAUCCCAUUUAUUCCCCUCCCUCUUCUCCCUUUCCUUUUCUCCCACUUCUGCCGCACGAUCUACAGCCCGUGAAAUUUCAUGGCUGCCCGAUCCACCUCGCCGGCUGCCUCGCCAUUCGCGUCGUCGCCGGCCGCCCCGAUGUCCGCGCCACCGCGGCACGUCGGCCUACGCGCCACCGGCCCUCGCCGCUGGCGGGCAUCGCCGAGCUGCGAGCGUCGUCGGCCCGGCGGCGCCGCUCUCCGUGCCACCCGCGCCGAGCCAGCCCCCUCGAGCUCCGCGAGCUACUGGCCGCGGAUGCGCUGGCCGCCUCCACACCGCCAGCCAUCCCGACCCGUCGAGCAACUGGUCGCUGCGGCGGCCGGCGAGCCGCUUCUCGCCCGACCUGCCUCGUGGAGGAGGCCUGUGCAGGGCGGCACCGGCGGGCCGCUCCUCGUCCGACCUGCGGCGGCCGGCGGGCCGCUCCUCCGACCCGUCGAGCACCACGCGUGGACCGCCCAGGAGCAAGGGAGGAGAUGAGAGAGAGGAAGGGUUAGAAAAAAAAUGUGCCGCCACUGACAGGCAGGUCCUACGUGUAAGGAGAUGGAAAGGGGAAAGAGAGAAGGGAUCGGCUGCAGAACCUCUCCUUAAACAUUUGAAAUUGUGAAAGGGGAUUCCCUGCAUAGAGUGAGAAAAGGGAAAGGAGAAAAUCAAUCUGGAGAUGCUUUAAGAAACCAACGGAUGCAGAGGCCUUUUGAAAAUUUCCUAUUUUAGGAGUUAGGACACACCGGUAAGUUAACCUAUAGAUCAACCUGCUGCUUCAGCGGCAACAAAGAUUCCUU